GCGCGCCAUCCUCCCCCUCCCUCCUUCCCUCCCUCCCUCCUUCCUCCCUUCCCUCUCCCUCCCCCCUCCCCUGCCGGUGGAUGGGAGUGAAGGACGGAAGAGGCCCUGCGGAGGCGGCGGGGCAGCGCUCCGGUGGAAUGAACCUUACUUGUUGAAUUAUCUCCUGGUUACUGGCUGAAUUUACUUGUAAAAGAAUUGUUUUCCACUGCAUGUAAGCCACUUAGUGGCAUAUUUAAUUAUAAGUCCAGGGAUCACGAAGCUUUUUGAUUUCCCAAAGGAGGGACAUACCACUAUCAAAUAAGCUUGACAUCACAGCCAAAAUGGUGCUGUCCCAGAGACAACGAGAUGAACUAAAUCGAGCUAUAGCAGAUUAUCUUCGUUCAAAUGGCUAUGAAGAGGCAUAUUCUGUUUUUAAAAAGGAAGCUGAAUUAGAUAUGAAUGAAGAAUUAGAUAAGAAGUAUGCUGGUCUUUUGGAGAAAAAAUGGACAUCCGUUAUUAGAUUACAAAAGAAGGUUAUGGAAUUAGAAUCAAAGCUAAAUGAAGCAAAAGAAGAAUUUACGUCGGGUGGACCUCUUGGUCAGAAACGAGACCCAAAAGAAUGGAUUCCCCGUCCACCAGAAAAAUAUGCGUUGAGUGGUCAUAGGAGUCCAGUCACUCGAGUCAUUUUCCAUCCUGUGUUCAGUGUUAUGGUCUCUGCUUCAGAGGAUGCUACAAUAAAGGUGUGGGAUUACGAGACUGGAGAUUUUGAACGAACGCUUAAGGGACACACAGACUCUGUACAGGACAUUUCAUUCGACCAUAGUGGCAAGCUUCUGGCUUCCUGUUCUGCAGAUAUGACCAUUAAACUAUGGGAUUUUCAGGGCUUUGAAUGCAUCAGAACCAUGCACGGCCACGACCACAAUGUUUCCUCAGUAGCCAUCAUGCCCAAUGGAGAUCACAUAGUGUCUGCCUCAAGGGAUAAAACUAUAAAAAUGUGGGAAGUGCAAACUGGCUACUGUGUGAAGACAUUCACGGGACAUAGAGAAUGGGUACGUAUGGUACGGCCAAAUCAGGAUGGCACUCUGAUAGCCAGCUGUUCCAAUGACCAGACUGUGCGUGUAUGGGUCGUAGCAACAAAGGAAUGCAAGGCCGAGCUUCGAGAACAUGAGCAUGUGGUAGAAUGCAUUUCCUGGGCUCCAGAAAGCUCAUAUUCUUCCAUCUCUGAAGCAACAGGAUCUGAGACUAAAAAAAGUGGCAAACCUGGGCCAUUCUUGCUGUCUGGAUCCAGAGACAAGACUAUUAAGAUGUGGGAUGUCAGUACUGGCAUGUGCCUUAUGACCCUGGUGGGUCAUGAUAACUGGGUACGUGGAGUUCUGUUCCAUUCUGGGGGAAAGUUUAUUUUGAGUUGUGCUGAUGACAAGACCCUACGUGUAUGGGAUUACAAGAACAAGCGAUGCAUGAAGACCCUCAAUGCGCAUGAACACUUUGUUACCUCUUUGGAUUUCCACAAGACGGCACCCUAUGUGGUUACUGGCAGUGUAGAUCAAACAGUAAAGGUGUGGGAGUGCCGUUGAUUGAGUCUCAUUUGGCCCCUCCUCCCUGUUCCUCUGGAUGCACUCUGAUGAUACCAUGGUUACCCCAUUGAGCUCUGUUUAAAUAAAUAUUGUCCUUUCAUGUAAAUUAUUCUGGAUGUAGAUUGAGCUUAUUAAAUGUUACACACAAAGUAUUCAUGCAUGGUGAAUCCAAAUUGUAUACUGUAAAUUUACAUACGUUGUCUAGAAGUACCAUAGGGUUUUAAAACCUGGGCUGGCAUUGGUCACACCAGGCCGAAGAAGGCAGAAGUUAAAUAAAUUGAACUAGGGCACUAAACUGAAUAGUUGACAGUGUCAUUUUAUGUUGGAUUAUUAAUUUCUGUUUUUCUUUCUGCUAUCUGUUGGUGCCUGACUUGAUGGCCUCAUUUGGGGGAAAGUGGUGGUUAUUAGGGCUUUUUCUGAAAUGUGUAUCUAUGUAACAUCACUUAAGUGUGCUUAAUACAUCUUCUUUAAGGAUGUUAGAUAAUAAGGCUACAAAUCAAAAUCUUCUGAACCAUCUAUGUAAUUAAUGGGGGUUACAUAUUGAAAUUUUUGUCAUGACACAUUUGCCAAAUCAAUACGAUACAUUCAUUUUGGCAGCCUAUUAAGGAAAGGCUAGUGGUAUAUUUAUGUAAAGAAAAUGACUGUAAAUCGCAAACAAGAAACAUCUCAGCGGUUAAAAGCAAAUCAUUUAUUUCACGUGGUCUUGAUGCUUUGUAAACAGGUUUAAAAAAAAAAAAAAAACACUGUCAUACUCUAAGCUUCUAUUUUCCACACUAGACAUACUUCUAGUUGUAUUCUCCAUACUAUUAGACUGUAUAGUGAUGUGACUUCCAAGUAGAAUUUAAUCUUCCCAUUGAGUGUGUCAUGGUACAAAUCACUAUUUGUUUUGAUGUUUUUUAGGGAUGUGCAAUGUGCAUUACAUAAUGACAGAGAAAUACUGAAAAGGUUAUCUAUGCCCAUUUUAAAAGAGUGGGAUAAUAACAGCAGUUUGUUUUUCAACAUGAAUCUGAUACUGAUUUGAAGUGCGUUUCACUUACAAGUUUUAAAAAUGACAGGGUUUUAUGGAGCGUGCAUAAAAAUGUCCUGUGUUUUCAGCUUUUGUUUAUAUAUAAUUGUCUGUAAGUAUAUGGGCCUAUCUAUAAGUGGAUAAGUCUGUAUAAAUAUAUCUCACACAUACAACCUCCAUGUCCUUGGGUCCUGGGUUUUUGAAGACGUGCUAAAAUGUACAAGUAGAAUAAAUCUUGCUGUGGAAUACCAUGCUUUAGAACAAACCCUUUUUGAUCCUGAUACUUCUGAAAACUAGGUCUGACUCUGGGGAUUUUUCUCAACUAAAGGAAAAUCACUUCCGUUAUAGCCCCUCUAAUUUGGCCGUUCAGCAUUUUACACAUCCCUGAUACGUUGUAUAUUUUGUUCCAGAGUUACUGCAAGUAGGUUUAAGAGAAUUUUUAUCCAUGAUUUUCGGAACACUGUUUCUUGUUGAUUAUUAAUAAAAACAAAAAUUCCAUUGCUUAUCUAACCAACAGGUUUUUUUUGUUUUAAAGCUAACAGAACAAUGAAAUAACAAUGACAGUUUAGCACAGAUAAAUUUAUUCUGAAUUGCCUUUUAUUCAUUUGUGUAAUAUGUGAUUUUUAAAAAAUGUCCCUUUUAGUAUUUAAUGGAAAUUUGGUUCUUGAAAAAGACAAAGGGUGAGAGUUAACGUCCUGUAGAUACACAUGCAGGGAAUAGGCCAUGUAUUAACUAGAAGCAGCUUUAUGUCUAGCUUAUGUCUCUUUUUUUGUUUGCUUGUUUGUUUUUAAUAAUUCCUGAGAGAUAUCUCUGGGAAGGAAAGUGUUUUGAGAACUAAUGGCUAUUUUUGAGGACAAAAAUUGCAUUUUAAGCUAAUUUCUUAAACACAGAAGAUUAACUUUCAGGACAGUAUCACCUCAUGACCCUGCUUACAUUGAGAAGUUUUGUUUGUUUGUUUGUUUGGUUUUUUUCCCACUUAGCUGUUCUGACUGGAUUUUUCUACAGAAGCUAUGGAAAAUAUCUUUGUUCUCAUUUGCUGCUAUUUCCUGUCCUGUUUUGAGAAAUAUAAAUACAUAGAAAUGGUGCAUCUUAACAUUUGUUUGUACAUGUAUGAAUGUCUUGUAUUUUAAUUCAUUUUUAGCAUGUAGCAACACAAAUUGAGGGUAAGCCACAACAUCUAAAAAUCACUCAUAGACAUGAACAAUAAAGGAAAAAAUGGUACCGAUGUAGUGGGAAGCAGAGCAGCUAUCUGCUGGGUCUCUUCCCCUGCGGCACACAGUGACUUUCUUGACAAAGGAGGAGAAGCGAUUACUCUGUAAACAAAGUUAUCCUUACUUGGGAGAUUGCCACAGCCUGCUGCUUAGUUGAGUUACCAGACAUCUUCCAUUUAAGAAGCAGCGAACAUUGAAUCUCAGGGAUGGUCCACAACUGGAUCCAAAUGUAACGAGCCCUGUUGGAAUAAUGAAGGGGGGUGGGGGAGAGCGAUCCAUCUACAAUCUGGAAUCAUAUUUUCAAAGGUUUCCUGCACUGUUGCUUGACACUGCCCUGUUGAUGCCCUUUCUUACUCUGUGUUCUCUGUUUUCUCUGUCUGCUGUCUAACCCUGUGCCUUGCCUGGGAUAAGGACAAUGAUGAGGUUACUGGUUUGGAUUGUAAGUAGAGGACUUUAUUAAUUGGUUUAGAGGUUCACUGCUGCUUUGUCACUUAAUCAGAUUGGCCACUUAUUUAAGAAAUAAAAAGCUGGUAGAAUUGCAUCCUCAGAUGAUGGUUGACUUUUUGUGUGUGUGAUAACAGACAUUCCAGUGCCACCCUGACAUAAUGUGCCCAAGAAAUCCUAGCCGCACUCUUGAGAGUACAAGCCACGGAAACUGGCUAAGACUUCGCUUGGAGAAUAGUUGCUUUUCGACAUGGCAUCUUGCACUUUAGGAGACUAAGACCGUCCUGUUUUGUCAUGUGUGGUGUGACCAAUGGUGUGCCCAGAGCACUACUCUAACAGUCCCUAGUGUUAGCGAGGCGUCCCGGCCGGGGAGCGCUCACUGUAGUCUUUUGGAAGCUUCGACUCUAGACUCACCAAGCCCAGUCUCCUUGCUGUCAGUACCCUGCUCUCCUGUUUGCCUCUUUCUGUUUCUAUGUAAACUUCCAGGUAAUAUCACUCA